UUGUGGAUCAAUAAAGUCUCUCUAAGUCUAAAACCGUUUAGUUACACUCUGCAGUCAAUAAAGACAUUAGCGACAUCUAGCGACCUGAGACUAUUAUAGCGACACAUAUUCUUAAAACCCUGCUCUUUCCUUUUAAAAUCCCGUGUGAUCUUGUUAACCAUUGUCUCAUAAAACAAAACAAAGCCGAUGCACAUUUAUCCCACGUGUCAUCUUACAGUGGUGUACAGCAUCUUGGCUCCUCUGCGUCACGUCAGCCCUGUUACUAUCACCAAGUCAAACCCACAGACGAUAAUCUUACGAAUUUAUUGAUAUUCAUUCAAAUUUACAAAGCAAGAUCCAUCACAAAAAUCACUAAACUCAAAUUUUGCAAACGAGGCAAAAAGUACAGCCCACGUGCUUUCAUUUACAGGAAGUGACGUCGUGCUCCGCCCAGGACCCCAUGAUCCCAGAUUUAAUAAGUUUUUACUGUAUUAACCCCUUUUGUAAUAGUAUUGUCAGGUUUGUGGUCUUAAAGGUGGUUUUAAAAUGCCUACAAGUGGAGCAGAAAGGCAAAGACUGUAUCGUGCUCGCAGAGAUGCAGACCCUGAGAAAAGAGCCCAAUACCUGGAGAGAACGAGGGAGAGGUGGAAGAAAGAACGGGAGCUGGGGAAGAGAAAAUCUAUAAAGGAAGUGAGUGAGAGUGAGCGGAGUUUAAAACGACAACAAUGGAGGCGGGCCCAGGCCAGGAGGAGGGCAAGGAAGAAGGCAACUUUAGAUACAGGACUCAACAUCUCAACAUCUGUUCCCAUUAUUUGCACCAUAAAAACAGAGGAAGAGCAUAUUGCAGUCACUCCAAUGAGGUACAAAUGCAGUCAAGAAUCAUCAACAAACAUGCCUAAACCAGCACCGUCACAGUGUAAAGAAACCCAGACCCCUGACAACAUCUGUGCUGAGAUUGAGAUGACUUGUAAUAAUCGGGGCAUUUCCAGGAAGAGGCCUCGUUGGGAAUCUAUUGAAGAGUGGGCCCCCAUUGACUCUGACAUCUCACUUCAGUCCAAAGAAAAUACAGAGUCUGUGCUCCCUCCUAAAGACUCAAUACCAGUGGAUAUUGAAUUUCCGGUUGAGGAAAGACCAUUCAGUAAUAAUACCAAAUACAUUGUCUAUGAAUCCUGCCUUAGACAGUUGUUCAACUCAUGUCCAGUCUGCAGCAUGCCCUGUGAGGUCAAAGGUCUAUGUAUGGGUACCUAUAUCUCAUUUGAUCAACACUGUCCACAUUGUAACUAUAGCAGAGACUGGAAAAGUCAACCUGUUUUUGGAAGUACACCUCUUGGAAAUCUUCAGAUGUCAGCUGCCAUUUAUUUCACUGGCUUGUCAUUCCACCAAGUUGAAAAGUUUUGUAAAGCUUUACAGCUUCAGUCAUUUAAUUAUGACACCUUCAGAAAACAUGCUAGAAAUUAUCUUGAGCCUGCAAUAGUUCAUAAAUGGAAGGCUGAUCAGCAGCAAAUAUUGGAUCAACUUAAAGAAGAAAGAGGAAAACUUAAAGUCAGUGGAGACAUGUGGACAGGGAGAGCUGAAGGGUAUGGCUGUUAUACACUCACUCAUCAAGACAGUAACACAAUUGUAGACCUUCAACUGGUACAGAACAAUAAAAUGGGAAAAGGCCAUUUAAAAGCAGAUGCUCUGAAACAGUGUUUAGAUCGUCUAAGUGUGAAUGAUCUGGAAGUGGACUCUAUCGUCACAAAGAGCUGCCCCAAAAUCCAGGAGUUUCUUAAAAAACAAAACAUUACACACUUUUAUGACACCCAGCAUUUUGAGAAACGGUUGUCUAAAAGGCUUGUGAAGCUUUCUCGUCACAAGGACUGUGCCGUAUUGAAGAAAUGGCUCCGUGUUAUAAAGAAUCAUUUAUACUGGAGUGUAACAUUUUCAACAUCUGGAGGUGAGAAGGUGGCAAAGUGGACGUCACUGAUAAACCAUAUGCAAAAUAUUCACCAGCACCAAAAUCCACUGUAUCCCAUGUGCACGUAUCUCGAUAUAAAGUCAAACAACUCUCAAAAAUGGUUGCAACAAGGGUCAAGUGCACUGAACAAAGUGGACAGAAUCCUCAACAAUGAACAAGUUUUGGAAGAUAUUGCAAAACUCUGCCCCAACCUUCAGACAUAUUCAAUGAAGACAUUUCACAAUUUGAUUCAGGAAUUUACUCCAAGAAAUGUCAUCUUUCCACCCACUGGGAUGUUGUGCAGGUUAUACUUGGCAGCAAUGCAUCAUAAUGAAAAUGCAGACCUUAAACACAGAAGUAAUGAUCUCUCUGCAGCCUUCGGGAUGUCAUCCAAGGACCAAAUUAAGACCGACAAUACAUACAAUUAUUUAGAUGAACUGAUGAAUCUCAUAUUUGAAGUGCUUCGUGACCCUGCUCCUUUUAUUGAGCAAAUGAAGUUUGGUUGAGACUGCAGCACAAUCUCCAGACAACAUGCCUCCAAAGCAC